AUGACACUGGUGAGGGAGAGAAAGGAAAAGCAGGCCCUGAGGCUCACUGUACCCCCAGUUUCUAGUUCUUGGCAUGGGUUUCUAUCACCAUCACCAAUAUCAUCCUCAAGCUCAAACUCUCCGACCAUCACUAACCUCGCCGAUUUCGAGAAACUUGCUGUUCUUGGACAUGGCAAUGGAGGAACAGUCUAUAAAGUUUUCCACAAGCCAACAGGUGCAAUUUAUGCAUUGAAAGUACUCAGGUUUGGCGAAGAUAUCGAAAGGGUUCAGCAGCAGUCUUUGAACGAGAUGGGGAUACUCAGAAGAUUGGACUCAGAUUGUGUUGUAAUGUGUCAUGGGGUGUUUGAGAAUGGAUUUGCCGACAUAGAUGGAGGUGGUGAUCUAUGCUUUGUUAUGGAGUACAUGGAAGGAGGAUCACUCUAUGACCUCUUGCAGAAGCAUCAUAGGUUAUCUGAGGAAGCUAUUUCUGGCAUUGCCAGAAGUGUCUUGGAAGGACUGCACUAUUUGCAUUCAAUGCAUAUUGUUCACAGAGAUAUUAAGCCAUCAAAUUUGUUGAUAAACAGAAAAGGAAAGAUGAAGAUUGCAGAUUUUGGCAUCAGCCGACUUGUGGCAGGUUCUGAUAAACAGCAGUGCGAUUCAUACAUGGGUACUUACGCAUACAUGAGUCCGGAGAGAAUUGAUCCAGAAAGGUGGGAUGGAGUUUACUCUGAUGGCUUUGCUGGGGAUGUAUGGUCCCUGGGAGUGGUAAUAAUGGAAUGCUUCACAGGUCGUUUUCCUUUUAUUAAUCCUGGGGAGAAACCAGACUGGAUCACUCUCAUGUACGCAAUUUGUUUCGAAGAAACACGGGAAAUGCCAGAAACUGCAUCAGCUGAGCUUCAGAACUUUGUAAGGAGGUGCUUGGUGAGGGACUGGAGGAGUAGAGGAACUGUGGAGGAACUACUCUCUCACCCUUUUCCGACUAAAUUUCAGCAUGUUGCUCCCCAGAACCUGCUCUGUUACUCUUCUUGUGUCUGA